AGCAUAGGUCACGUGGGCGCAUCAGAAACGGAAGUCAACUUUCCAGAGCUGAGAAAGUGCACGAGCGAUAUUGUUCGGAAGGAGAGUGUUUUUUAUCUGUCAAUUUUUUUUCAUGCUGGAAAUCGUAACUCAGCUUUUCGAUUUACUCUUCUUUUAUUUUGGGAUAUAAUAUCGAUUGCAUCUGGAUUUUUUUGCCAACAGAUUUUAAGUUAUGACAUCACCCAACAGGCCAAUAAAACUGGUCGUUGUGGGCGAUGGAACAGUAGGAAAAACUUGUAUGCUGAUUGCUUACACUACAGGCAGUUUCCCGGAAGGUGAAUAUGUACCGACUGUGUUCGACAAUUAUGCUGGUACUAUGGAUUGUGAUGGAGUAAGAGUCAGCACAACAUUAUGGGACACAGCCGGACAAGAAGAUUAUGAAAGACUUAGACCUCUUUCUUAUCCUGGUACAGACGGCUUUUUGUUGUGCUUCAGCGUAGACAACAACAGAUCUUAUGAAAAUAUUAUAACUAAAUGGUAUGGCGAGGUUAAACACCACUGCCCGAGGACGCCGAUCAUUCUAGUAGGCACAAAAACCGAUCUGAGAGAUAACUCCUCUUCCAAAGAGAAUUUUAUUAGCAAAACACAAGGCAAAAAGUUGGCUGCCAAAAUUAAAGCCGUCAAAUAUAUGGAGUGCUCGGCAAAAGAAUUCACUGGAGUGAAGGAAGUAUUCGAAGAAGCAGUGAGAGCUGUUCUGAAUCCUCGACAUUCCCCUAAAGUGCUUCAUCAGUGUGUUUUACUUUAGAUACAAAUGUAAUUGUUCUCCAUGUUCUUAGUAUUUUUAUAUUUACAUCUUUUCAUUUUUCAUUGAAUAAAGUAUUUGUAUAUUUUA